AUGGUGUUGGUCCACCACCAGCCGCACCACCACCCAACAACCAGUGGCUCCGGCUCUCUACUAGAACGUGCUGAUCUCUCCCACCCCAUACCAGAGAAUGCUCGAAAACUUGCUCAGCUGGUGGAGUACGAUGAGAGUCGAGUGGAAAUGGGAACCCAUUCUGUGUUUGUAAGGGAGGCACGACCGCCGGGCGCUCAUUAUGCAAAGGCUACAGUACUUUUCUUGCAUGGCCAGAGUUUUUCAUCGGCGACAUGGACUGAGAACGAUUUGUUGAGAACCUUCGCCGCCCUCGGCUACCGAGCAAUCGCUAUCGACCUGCCCGGCUCUGGCCAAACCCGCGGUCCUUCCUUGUCACAACCACAGAAGCCAACAUUUCUUAUGGAUUUCAUAGAGACGUUGGGUCUGAAGCAAGUAAUGGUUGUCUCCGCUUCGAUGUCCGCUCAAUUUGUGUUACCACUGAUGACUUCGAGUAGACAUCUCUCUUGUGUGGUUCUGGUGGCUCCAUCGAAUACUCAUGAAGUUCUGAACCCCUCGUCGUAUGUCGUACCGACUUUGGUGCUAUGGGGCGAACGCGACACCUCACUCGGCCCCACGGCCGCUGCCAACCUCAAGAAUCUCCCAACUGUCAAACUCCAAAAGAUCCCAGAUGCCGGACAUGCUUGCUAUCUUCACAACCCGAAGUGCUUCGAGAAUCUGUGUGUAAAUUUCUUUGAUCUGAUCAGGAGUUAUCAUCACUAG